ACUGAGUAGAUGAAGUCCUUAACAGAAACCAGGAACACUGAAUAAAUAGUGGAGAACAAUUUCUUUGAGUUAUCAAAGUGAGAUGUCCUGUAGGUAGCUAGACGUACUGGCUUGUAACUCAGGACAGCUGCCGCGUCCUGUGUAAAAGGAAAAGCUAUUCCUGGAUGAUGUCUAAAGCCAGAUGACAGGAUUUAGGGGAUGGGUUAGACCUGCACUUGUUUUCCUGGAGAAGAGGCGGGUAUAAAGUGGCAGGGUGACAUUACUGUAAGAUAUCUGCAUUCAAAGGGCUAAAAAAAGAGACAAAAUGCUGGAAAGGCUACUUGUUAUAAACGCAGCCGGGCAAGUUAAAACAAAUCACGCAGCACAGGCAGCCAGUCUGGGUGGCUGAGGAUAGACCCGGCGUGUUUUCGAGUGCACACAUACACAAAAAGGAAAGGGCCCCUCCUCACCGGAAGCACAACCUCUGCCCUCUGGGGCAUUACACAUUCCUCCGCGCCGGAAGAAUACGUCGCGCUGCGCCACGCCACGCCUCGCCUCGCCCAGUCAGCUUCCCUCUACCGUACCACUCGUGAAGGAGAGAUCGUGCCCAUCCCCAACCCCCUACCAAGAGCAAGCCGCGUGGAGUCGUUGGACUGGGCUGAACUUUGGCAGGCAAGGAGAGAAGCAGCCACACUGGGCUGCCGGGCAAGAAAGGAAGCAGGAAGGGUCAGACACACAGGCGUCGCGCCGCUGCGGAAGGAUUCUGUUUCCUGCAGGGGGCGGAGGGAUUUGACAGCACGAUAACUUCCGGAAAAGUCCUGAACCUCAGAGGAAAAGCCCUGCGAGAAACAAUAACAAACGGGAGGAGGAAGCGAUUUUGGGGUUUCUGUGUUGAACAGUUCUCGUCCGCCAAGAUGCGCUUCGGCCCGUGUCAGGGGACGUGAACAAACUCAGUGGGCUUCAGCCAGCUUCUCUCCACCUGUUCCCCACGGGGACCCCCCCCCCCCCGGCCGUUGCAAUGGCGGGCGUGGGGCCGGGGGGCUACGCGGCGGAGUUCGUGCCACCCCCAGAGUGCCCUGUCUUUGAGCCGAGCUGGGAGGAGUUCACAGAUCCUCUCAGCUUUAUCGGUCGCAUCCGGCCUUUGGCGGAGAAAACCGGCAUCUGCAAAAUUCGGCCGCCCAAGGACUGGCAGCCUCCAUUCGCCUGUGAAGUAAAAAGCUUUCGUUUCACUCCAAGAGUCCAGCGCCUGAAUGAACUUGAGGUAAGUGUUAUGUCACCAUUUCUUCCUCCUGAUUCAUUCUUUAUUGUUAGGGCUGUAGGUAGAGAACUUUGCAUAGCAAGGUUCUUCAUUAUUUUGAUCUUCAUAUUUCCAAACAAUAAGCUCAGUAUGCUAUUUUUUCUUUUCUCAGCUUUAAAUAUUAUAUACCGAUUUCCUACUGUUAAAGAUGGAGAAUGGAUUGUUGCCAGCAAAGGAGGUUUUGAAAUGGUCACCAAAGAGAAGAAAUGGUCUAAAGUGGGUAGUCGCUUGGGAUAUCUGCCAGGAAAAGGAACUGGGUCUCUUUUGAAGUCACAUUAUGAAAGAAUUCUCUACCCAUACGAACUUUUCCAAUCUGGUGUGAGCCUUAUGGGUGUACAGAUGCCUAAUUUAGAUCUUAAAGACAAAGUGGAGCCUGAGGUUCUCAGCACUGAUACCCACACUUCCCCAGAGCCAGGCACAAGAAUGAACAUUCUGCCGAAGAGAACAAGACGUGUGAAGUCUCAGUCAGAAUCUGGAGAUGUGAAUAGAAACACAGAACUGAAGAAACUUCAGAUUUUUGGGGCUGGGCCCAAGGUUGUGGGCCUGGCAAUGGGAACAAAAGAUAAAGAAGAUGAAGUCACCCGAAGACGAAAAGUUACCAACAGAUCAGACGCAUUUAACAUGCAAAUGAGGCAACGGAAAGGCACUCUCUCUGUUAACUUUGUUGAUCUCUAUGUUUGUAUGUUUUGUGGCCGGGGAAACAAUGAAGAUAAAUUGCUUUUGUGUGAUGGAUGUGAUGACAGCUAUCAUACAUUUUGUCUCAUUCCUCCACUACCUGAUGUGCCCAAAGGAGACUGGAGGUGUCCUAAAUGUGUCGCUGAGGAAUGUAACAAACCUCGAGAAGCCUUUGGAUUUGAACAAGCUGUUAGAGAGUAUACACUUCAGAGCUUUGGAGAAAUGGCAGAUAAUUUUAAGUCUGAUUAUUUUAAUAUGCCAGUUCAUAUGGUUCCCACAGAACUAGUAGAAAAGGAAUUUUGGCGGCUGGUAAGCAGCAUUGAAGAAGAUGUUAUUGUGGAAUAUGGAGCAGAUAUCUCCUCAAAAGACUUUGGAAGUGGAUUUCCAGUGAAGGAUGGGCGGAGAAAGAUGCUGCCAGAAGAAGAGGAAUAUGCACUUUCUGGUUGGAAUUUGAAUAACAUGCCUGUCCUGGAACAGUCUGUUCUUGCACAUAUUAAUGUGGACAUCUCUGGUAUGAAAGUGCCAUGGCUCUAUGUGGGAAUGUGUUUCUCUUCUUUUUGCUGGCACAUUGAAGAUCACUGGAGUUAUUCCAUCAACUACUUGCACUGGGGGGAGCCAAAGACAUGGUAUGGUGUGCCAUCUCAUGCUGCAGAACAACUGGAGGAGGUGAUGAGAGAACUGGUCCCUGAGUUAUUUGAAUCCCAGCCUGAUCUUCUGCAUCAGUUAGUCACCAUCAUGAACCCCAAUGUGCUAAUGGAGCAUGGUGUGCCUGUGUACAGGACCAAUCAGUGUGCUGGAGAGUUUGUUGUGACAUUUCCUCGUGCCUAUCACUCUGGAUUUAACCAGGGCUACAACUUUGCUGAAGCUGUGAACUUCUGUACUGCUGACUGGUUGCCCAUUGGACGUCAAUGUGUAAAUCAUUACCGUCGCCUAAGGCGCCAUUGUGUCUUUUCACACGAGGAACUUAUUUUCAAGAUGGCAGCAGAUCCAGAAUGCUUAGAUGUGGGGCUGGCUGCCAUGGUCUGCAAAGAAUUGACUGUCAUGACUGAAGAAGAAACACGAUUAAGAGAGUCUGUUGUGCAGAUGGGUGUCCUGAUGUCAGAAGAAGAAGUGUUUGAACUUGUUCCUGAUGAUGAGCGACAGUGUUCAGCAUGCAGAACCACAUGUUUUCUCUCUGCUCUCACAUGUUCCUGUAAUCCUGAGCGGCUUGUAUGUCUCUACCAUCCAACUGAUCUGUGCCCCUGCCCCAUGCAGAAGAAAUGUCUUAGAUAUCGCUACCCAUUAGAAGACCUCCCUUCUCUGCUGUAUGGUGUAAAAGUCAGGGCACAGUCCUAUGACACUUGGGUCAGUCGCGUUACAGAAGCAUUGUCUGCUAACUUCAACCACAAAAAAGAUUUGAUUGAAUUGCGAGUAAUGCUGGAAGAUGCUGAGGAUAGGAAAUACCCAGAGAAUGAUCUCUUUCGAAAACUCAGGGAUGCUGUGAAAGAAGCUGAGACCUGUGCUUCUGUGGCUCAGCUGCUUCUGAGCAAAAAGCAGAAACACAGACAGAGCCCAGAUAGUGGGAGGACUCGGACCAAACUGACAGUGGAAGAAUUGAAGGCCUUUGUCCAACAACUUUUUAGUCUUCCGUGUGUCAUCAGCCAAGCUCGGCAAGUGAAGAAUCUGCUGGAUGAUGUGGAAGAGUUUCAUGAACGUGCUCAGGAGGCCAUGAUGGAUGAAACCCCAGAUUCUUCCAAACUCCAGAUGUUGAUAGAUAUGGGCUCUAGUCUCUAUGUGGAACUCCCUGAAUUACCACGACUGAAGCAAGAGCUACAACAGGCUCGGUGGUUGGACGAAGUAAGACUGACCCUAUCAGAUCCACAACAAGUCACCUUGGAUAUCAUGAAGAAACUAAUAGACUCUGGGGUAGGGUUGGCACCCCACCAUGCUGUGGAGAAAGCAAUGGCUGAACUACAGGAGCUCCUUACAGUGUCCGAACGGUGGGAAGAAAAGGCUAAGGUCUGCCUACAGGCAAGACCACGGCACAGUGUGGCAAGUUUAGAAAGCAUUGUGAAUGAAGCCAAGAACAUUCCAGCCUUUCUACCCAAUGUGUUGUCCUUGAAAGAAGCCUUACAAAAGGCUCGAGAAUGGACAGCUAAAGUGGAAGCUAUUCAGAGUGGCAGCAACUAUGCUUAUUUGGAGCAGCUUGAGAGCUUGUCUGCAAAAGGACGCCCUAUCCCUGUGCGUCUUGAAGCACUGCCGCAAGUGGAAUCACAGGUAGCAGCGGCACGAGCAUGGAGAGAACGGACUGGGCGGACCUUUCUUAAGAAGAAUUCUAGCCAUACGUUGUUACAGGUGCUGAGCCCCCGGACUGACAUUGGCGUAUAUGGGAGUGGCAAAAAUAGGAGGAAAAAAGUGAAAGAACUAAUAGAAAAAGAAAAAGAAAAGGAUCUGGACCUGGAGCCUCUGAGUGAUCUGGAAGAAGGAUUGGAGGAAACAAGAGAUACAGCCAUGGUGGUGGCAGUUUUUAAAGAACGGGAGCAAAAAGAGAUUGAAGCCAUGCAUUCCCUCAGAGCAGUCAACCUAGCCAAGAUGACCAUGGUGGACCGCAUAGAAGAAGUAAAAUUUUGCAUUUGCCGUAAGACAGCCAGUGGGUUUAUGCUACAGUGUGAGCUCUGCAAAGACUGGUUCCAUAACAGCUGUGUUCCUCUCCCUAAAUCAAGUUCCCAAAAAAAAGGAUCCAGCUGGCAAGCUAAAGAAGUAAAAUUCCUUUGCCCUCUUUGUAUGCGGUCUCGAAGGCCCAGGCUAGAGACUAUUCUGUCACUCCUGGUAUCCCUUCAGAAGUUGCCUGUACGGUUGCCUGAAGGAGAGGCCCUACAGUGUUUGACAGAACGUGCUAUGAGUUGGCAAGAUAGAGCACGGCAGGCUCUAGCCACAGAUGAACUAUCCUCUGCUCUGGCCAAACUGUCUGUGUUGAGCCAGCGUAUGGUGGAACAGGCAGCUCGAGAAAAAACUGAAAAGAUCAUCAGUGCAGAACUCCAAAAAGCAGCUGCCAAUCCAGACUUACAGGGACACUUACCUAGUUUCCAGCAGUCUGCUUUUAACCGCGUGGUAAGCAGUGUGUCAUCUUCUCCUCGACAAACAAUGGACUAUGACGACGAAGAAACAGAUUCUGAUGAAGACAUUCGAGAGACAUAUGGCUAUGACAUGAAGGACACAGCUAGUGUGAAGUCCUCUAGUAGUCUUGAACCCAAUCUUUUUUGUGAUGAAGAAAUUCCCAUCAAAUCUGAGGAGGUGGUGACUCACAUGUGGACAGCACCUUCAUUUUGUGCAGAGCAUGCUUAUUCUUCUGCUUCUAAGAGUUGUUCUCAAGGUUCCAGCACCCCAAGGAAACAACCUCGGAAGAGCCCUUUGGUGCCCCGAAGUUUGGAACCUCCAGUGCUGGAGUUGUCACCUGGAGCUAAGGCCCAACUGGAAGAACUUAUGAUGGUUGGAGAUCUCCUGGAAGUAUCUCUGGAUGAGACUCAACACAUAUGGCGGAUUUUGCAGGCCACACACCCACCCUCCGAAGACAGAUUCUUACAUAUCAUGGAGGAUGACAGCAUGGAAGAGAAACCACUGAAAGUGAAAGGAAAGGAUUCUUCAGAGAAGAAACGGAAGCGGAAGCUAGAAAAGGUAGAGCAACUUUUUGGAGAAGGAAAGCAGAAGUCCAAGGAGUUAAAGAAAAUGGACAAACCUAAAAAGAAGAAAUUAAAAUUAAGUUCAGACAAAUCAAAGGAGCUGAAUAAACUGGCCAAGAAACUAGCAAAAGAAGAAGAAAGAAAGAAAAAGAAGGAGAAGGCUGCUGCAGCCAAAGUUGAACUUGUGAAAGAGAGCACUGAGAAGAAAAGAGAGAAAAAAGUGCUGGACAUCCCCUCAAAGUAUGACUGGUCAGGAGCAGAGGAGUCUGAUGAUGAGAAUGCUGUAUGUGCAGCACAAAACUGCCAAAGGCCCUGCAAGGACAAGGUAGACUGGGUACAAUGUGAUGGUGGCUGUGAUGAGUGGUUUCAUCAAGUUUGUGUGGGUGUAUCUCCAGAAAUGGCUGAAAAUGAAGAUUACAUCUGUAUAAACUGUGCAAAGAAGCAGGGGCCAGAUAGCCCAGGUCAAGCAACACCUCCUUCCUUCAUAAUGAGCUACAAACUACCAAUGGAGGAUCUUAAAGAGACCAGUUAGCAGAUGUUUGGUUAGUUUGGGACAUGGGGGGAAAUGGACCACAUUGGGACCUUAGUCAUCAAGUAGAGUGGUUUAUAUCCACUUGAAAUGUUGCUUCCAAAGAUGAAUGGCCUUCAGAGAAAGUCCUCUUAGUGCCGGCUUCCUCUUUGCAUGGACUCUGUGGGUUACAUUCUCCAUCAACAUAUCUUUGCAGAGGGUGUCUUCUUUGGUACAGCAGCCAAUAUUUCAACUCAUGUUUCCUUUGAGUGUGGUUUAUUGCAUUAAGGCCAGAUGCUUGAUAGAGCUCUAGGGUGGCUGGUUGGUAUUAAUACAUUGGUAUGCUAACAGGGCAUGUAGGAUGUGGCUUAUGUCCAGUUGAUAUUACUUAGAGGCUUACAACUUAGGAGCAGCACCACCUGAAGGUGCUUAUUGCUUGGAUCUCCUUCAUUGGGAUAGUUGGAGAGGGUUUUCCAUUAUUACCUGGUACUUAAUGCCCUAAAGAUACAACUAGUAGUAACAGGGCCAAAGUUAUUUCUGUUAGACAUCAAGGAAUGAUAUCAGUCUAUUGACAUCAGAUAUUUGUGCUUGUUUGUGCUAGAAGAACACCCCAAAUAGGAGAACCUCUUACCAUCUGGGGCAGGUCACCUUAUCUUUGUAAGGAUGAGGAUGUCAUCUAGUUCAGAAAUCUGCUUAGAUUGGAUUCUGGGGAGAAGAACCUACUACAAGGCAAGGAGCCUUUUUUUGGCUUUGAAAAAUCUUGCUGUCUUGGGUCUACAUUUUAGGAAAGAGCAGGUACAUGGAUCCAGGCUUCUGCCAAAAAAGAAACGACGACGACGAUGACGAGUCUUACUAUCUUACUGAGCUACAGUGAUGCAUGCUUUUUGGGGAAAACUUCAUUCACAAGUAUUCCAGACACCAGGCUUCAGGCAUGGCCAUGAGCAAGACCAGCAAAUAACAGCUUUUUGCCUUGCAGCCCUGACCCCAAUGUCUGCUGUUUCCAACACUGGCAAUUUCUAACUAUGGCCCACAGCAGAUGCUGUUGAAUAACACCAUGGCUUCAUCAGAGGAUGGGGGUUGUAGUACCUCUGGGUGAUGAAGUUGUUUUAGUAAAUCCAUUUUUAAAAAGAAAAAAAAGGACUUGUUUUUACUUUUUUCUAAAUGUCUCUGACUACUGACUGUUCUAUGAAUAGAUUAUUUUUCCUUUUUUAAUAUACAUAUAUGAAUAUAUAAAUAUAUAUAUUUACUGUUACCAGCAGCAUAUGACAGAGUUUCAACAUCAAAAAUCCAUUUGGGGGCUUGCUUUUUCUUUUUUGCUUUAAAAAAAAAAAAAAAAAAAAAAAUCCCAUUCCUUCCUUGUAGUACAAGGAAUUAGCACUCCCUCCUCCAUCCCAGCCUGACCAGAUCUUCCAUUUUGCUUUUGUUCAAAUAGAUAAUUGUAUUUCCUUUGUGUGUUGGGACUUGUCCCUGUCUGCUGGGAAACUUGGUCUCACUCUAGUCUGUGCUGGCUGUUUUUCUUUUGUGUGUGAAUGUUUGAAACUAUGGUGCUGUGUCCUCUUCCCUCCUGUUAUGUUCUCUGUUCUUCUUAAGGUAUUAGGUAAGCUGUAUGUAAACUCUUAUUAGAAGGGGACUAAUUUUUUUAAAGGAAAAAAAAAAAAAAAAAAAACUAAAAAUAGUGUUUUGUCUUCAUUGUCUGGUAUCUUUAUUUUGGUUUAAAAAUCUGUGGUUUUACUUAAAUUCAUCUGUUUUCCUUUUAAGGGGGGAUUGGGGUGGACCUAGCAACAGCUUAUAGUCUCUUCCCUUUUUGCCCCAGUCUCUUUUAAAGAACUGUCUUCUAGUAACUAGAAGUGAAAUGUACUGUCCAGUUACAGUUUGAGUGGGUAUGAGAUUUAACUCAAAAGGCAUCUUACGACAAAAAAAAAAAGCAGAUGUUUUCUUAUAAAAUCCAAUUUCUGUAAAUGUUUUCUCUGUGGUUCAUACUACCUACUUUUUAGUCAUUCAUUUCUUAAUAUUGUAUAACGUUUGACUUGUUCAGAGGCUUGUUAGUAUUACUGUGCAUGCAUCUUGAGGUCUCAUCUCAAGUGUGUGUAUGAUCCAAGAUUUCAGUGAAUAUUGCAAGUUUACUAAUUCACCAAUUUCGUAAGUUUUUCUUUUGUCAAACUAAAGAUUAUCAAUUAAGAAUUUCAUCUGGUUGAUGUUAUACAAGAAAGCACAAUAUUUUUUGCCUUUUGGUCUUCUUUGUAAAAGUCUUCAGAUACUUGGGGGUUAAAAAUUGAAUGUAAUUUUAAGUGAUGGAUGCCUGGAAUACAAUUUAAAAUUUUUAUUUUUCCUUCCAAGUCUUCCAUUAAGUAUUCCACCAUCGGUGGAGAGUUAUGAGGGUGCUGAGAAAGUAUGAAUAACUUCCUGUUACUUUCUGACAUUUCGAAACUUAAAUAUAUCUUUUCGUUGAUACUGUGGGAUUUUCUGUAUUUACUUGAAAGUCAUGGAGGAUUUGGUCUGACUUGACAGGUUUAGACCAAGGCUGAGAAGAACAGAAGGGAGAAAUUAAUGGCAAAACAAAAAAUUCCAGUUUUGGAAUUAACGAAAAAGAGAUUCGUCUAUUUAAAGAAAUGUUGGUGUUCUAAUAUAUAGCAUUAUUUUCAUUUAGAGGAAAUUACUUAUUUACAACUUGCUCCGUUCUUCUGUAUUGUAAUAUUUUGUAUUAAGACAUGAUUUAAAAUGUCUUUCUACCCUUCCUAUCUCCUCUAAGGUGCAACCGGAGUUGCAAUUGUUCACCGUUAGUAUUUUACCUUCUAUGUUUAAUUAUUUCAAAGGUAUUUCUCACUACCUUCAUUAUAAAUUAUCUUGGCAAAGGUUACAGAAAGAAAAAUGGAAAAAUGGUAGGCCUUCGAUAUUCUUAAAGGCUAAGUCAUUAGAACUAUGCAGAUCCCUGAGUUUAGAAGUACAAGUAUAGCACUAGUAGUUAGCUUUCCAGUUGGGGGAGAAGACAGGACAUUUUCCUCCCACAGAUGUUUAUUUUGCUUCCUGAUAGGUACUGCAACAAAGCUAUGUUGACGUGUAGAUGCAGGACUUCCUCACUAAGCUGCUGCACACGAGCUUUGCCUGCAUGAUUCAAAUUUGUGCCUCAGUAAAAUUAUAAAUUACUGCAUGUCAUACUUUGAAUAAUUGAAAAGGCAAACAUUAAACCUUUGAUUGCCCACAGUGUACUUUAAUAAUAAAAAAACAUGGCAGCCAGGUGCAGUGGAGUGCACCUGUAGUCAGGAGGCUGAAGUGGGAAGACCUCUGGAACCUGGGAGUUUGAGUCCAUCCUGGGCAACAGCAAGUCAGUGUCUCUCUCUCUCUCUCUCUCUCAAAAAAAAACAAAGGCUGACAGACCUAUAAGAUUAGCAUGAUUUUACUUGUGCUUUACCACUGUUCUUCUCUACUAUUGUCCUUAGCAGGUGUCCAAAAAAAUCUCUGUUCUUUUGUGUUUCUUCAUUUUUGGAUUCUGGAUGCAAUUCAGUGCAUGUAAAGAAACUCCUUGCUUUUCUGUAUUUUAAUUCUGUAGUACAUUUGUGUGAAUAUCAGCCAGUGCUUACAGUAGGAGGAUGAAAAAAACUGAGAAAACCUCUCAAAGGAUGGCAUUAGCCACUUUUUAAGGGAGAAAGUGACAAUUUGGAGUGGGAUUUGAAAAGUGUAAAUUGUGGAAAAAUUGAGCUGUUGAAGUCCCACAUAUAACCAGGUUCAAUAAAGUUUCACAUGUGAAUUAGCUUCAUAUGUGUGUAGAAGGUUGCUUUUACAGUAAGUAGGUCCUUAACUGCUCAAUUUGAAAUUCUUCCUUUUUUUUUUCUUUUCAAUUAAAGCAUAUCAUUACUUCUUUGGAUAUGAAUGUGCCAGGUGGUAUCUCAUACUGUAGUGUGAGAGAGAAAGAAUGGAUGUUAAUGUAUUUUUUGAAUUUUUGUAUUCUCUUGGCCUGGAUCAUAGCCAGUCACCACUAUGCAACAAAUGAUGUGCACUGGGCAAGGAUAUGAUGGGUUAUUAAAGCUGUAUCUUGCUUGUUCUUUCUUUUGCAGUACUCCAAGUGGUCUAAACAGCAAUGUCUUGUAAACCUCAAGAUUCCCCAUUGAUUAUUCCCUUACAUAUUUAUUUACAAUUUAUCAGGGUAAUUGGUGGUGCCUUCCAAAAAAUAUAACCUGAUUUCUUGAUCUUUGACCAUGUUUUGUGUUUCUUUUGUUUUCUGAAAGAACAUUAGAUAUGGUUAAUUACAUCUAAGAGAUUUAAAACAUUUUGUGUAUGCUCAGGUUCCCCACCCUAACCCCUACCCCCUGUCAUUUACAUUGGUGGCAAUUUUAAAUGGUAACUAAGUAAAAGGACAUUUUGAUAAUGAGUGUUGAUAAUCCUGAGGAAAACUAGUGAGUAUAUGGGGGCCACCUUUAACCUGUGCCAAGGCAGCUUCUAAUUUCAUUUGCUCUCUAUAAAAUAAAGAACUGAGCUGAAAUAA